AUCGACUUGGCGCUCAGGAACUGCGCCGUCGGAACGUGAUUGUGUAAUUUGGGAUCACCACUACAUUAGCAAUGGAGGAGGACGCAUCGGACCCACCUUCCGACCACCAUUCAUGGGCGUGCAAGAGCACAUCUACUCAUCUCUCCUCAACGCACGCACACCCGAUGUAGCCAUCCGCGUCCGUGGUCUGAGCUGGACCGCCAUCUACCGCCUGCACAGAGUGGUGCUGACCCAGAGCGGGUUCUUCGACUCUCUCUUCGCCGGAGGCUUCGCCGAGUCGACGCCCGCGCCCCUGCUGGAGCCCAUCAACAUCAUCUUUGACGAUGCCAACAUCACGCGCUCAGCCUUCGAGUUCUGUCUCUCGCGGCUGUACGGAGGCGGGCCGCCCCUGCACAUAUUCCCCACACUCGUGCCCAGCCAGUCUCAACCGCUCACGUCCGUCUUCCCGUUCAACAAGGUCGACCUCCACCCACCCACUCCAGAUGGGCACCAACCCGGCACCCCGCGGUUCCUCCUCUCGCUCCUCGCCACGUCCGUCUACCUGUCCAUCCCCAACAUCGCCGCCCAGGCUUUAUCGUCCGUAUUGAGCUCCGUCGGUCCGUACACCGUGCUGGAGUAUCUCAGCUUCGCGCUCGGCAAGCCCGUGGGGCCGCCCGAUCCUGAAUGGAACGAGCCGGAAGCUGCGGUCGGAUUGGAACAGAUCGCGCAGCUGCUGUCGGACGACUCGUUCUCCGUCGAGACGGCGGACUCGGCGUCUGUCUCGAAGGACACCGCGACGGACGAGCCGCAGUUCCUGUACGGCCCGAUAUCGGACAAGAUUGGGGAGGCGGUGUCCUGCUGGCUGGCGCGAUGGGCGGCGGAUAUGCUUGCCGUGGAGGAACGGAAGUGUCUGGGACCUGCCGAGGAGACGGCGGGUCAGCCCCGACGGCGAGCGAAAUCGGACGCUACCCUUUCUAGCGCGACGACGCAGUUUACCGGUGAUAGUGCUGCGGCACCGACCUUAUGGGACCGCGGAGGGCUCAGUCUGGAGUGGAUCUGUGCUGUGUUGUCGUCUGACAGCCUGUUUGUUCCCGGAGAGCGGGAGAGAUACGAUCUCAUCUGUUCUGUCGUUGAAUUGAGGAGGAGGAAUGGUCUCAUUCCGGAGGAAGAAGCUGUUUGGAAGACGCUAUUCAAGACAGGGAUCCAUUAUUGCCACAUGUCUGUCGAGGAUGCCAUAUUCAUCUCGAAGCAUGUUUCUCCGACCACGAAGCAGCCUUUCGUGCCGAUCUCUGUGCUGCAGGCAGGGCACUGGCAGAGCUCGCUUCUUCGCCAACACAUCACGACUCGGCCCAGCACAACGCCGUCUCCGUUUGAGAUUCGAUCUCCUGCGGCUCCCACACCUGGAUCACCGAUCCAACGAGAGAAAGAGCUUGGCCUGACGCGGACUACAGCCGAGAUCCGCUUUGACCCCGAUCUUGAUGACGAUACGCAGUACUACCUCGUCCCGACUGAUUCUUCGCAGCGGAUUGGAGACGACGGUUCGAGUGUGCACGCGCUGGUCUCGCAAACGUCGCAUUUGUCGCUUGACGAUCUGUUCACACCCUCUUUCCCACCAUCAUCACCGGCACUACAUGGGGGGACCAAACUCUCAAAUCCCCUGGCUCGCGUGAAUUCUGGGGAAGCCUACUUCUUUGGCCUGCGGACGCGGCGCUACACUGCACGUGACUGCAUUGCUGUGGAUCCCUCAGGCACGGCCCGCUGGACCACGCAUCCUCCGCAACGUUUUGGGGUCGAGUUCUGGGACACAGAAGGGCUGCCGGACAAAGACCGGUUGUACUCGCGCACGAUCUGGUCCGGAGGCAGCCUCUUCAACGCUUACGUACAGGUCGUCCGUAAGAAGGGUGCCACGCAGCUGGGCAUCUACCUCCAUCGGCAGAGCACGAUCGAGUUUCCUGCAGCCAGUGCUCCUCGCGUGAGAGACUCGGCCACGCAUUUCCGGGGUCCGUCUCUCCCGCAGAUCGUCGUUCCGCGUCCGACGCACUACUCGCCCACCACCCGUGCUACCCCGCUGCGGAGCACGACGCCCGUAGCCAUCUCGACCUCGCUGCCCAACUCCUCGGCGUCGCAUCUCGCGGGUGUCACCCAGUCCGUCAACUGCCAGGCCGUGGCCCCGCCGCCUGCGCCGUACCGCGACUCGCGCCCGGCGGUCUCUGCGUACUUUACGAUCUCGUGCGCCAGCGCAACGGGGGCCAGCCAGACCCGCUUCGCCAGCGCCCCGGACGUGUUUACCGUCAGCCAGAGCUGGGGCUGGAAGUCGAGCUCGCUGCGGACGGAGGAAUACCUCGACGUCGUGCAGGCUGCGGACUUGGCCAGCAACAUUCCCAUACGCCCCCGAUAUGUCAGUCUGCGGGCUGUCGUUAUUCUCGGGCUCGUUUAA